GUCUUUUUAAUCUGUGCUGGUUAUAUUAUUUUGCAUUUGUUUCUUCGUAUGUACUUCUUUUCACUUUCCAAUUUUUCAUUUCAAAUAUAAUUACACUGAAAUCUAAGUGAAAUUACUAAUGUGAAGUGUUAUAUUAAUUAUUUGUUUAGAUAUCUAGCCAUUGGACUUGUUUUUUCAUUGAUAUAUUAGGUUGUGGAGCCAUGGAGCAGAUUAUUCAGCAAGUCGCAAAGAAUGUUGAGAAGCAACUGGAUGAUGAGAUUGAACGGCUGGAUCAGUUGGACAGCGGUGAUCUGGAAGCCAUCAGGCAGCAGCGUAUCAACGAGAUGAAGCAGCGAGCUAAGAAAAAGCAAGAGUGGUUGGCCAAUGGUCACGGUGAAUAUGCAGAGCUGGAUGGCGAGAAGGAAUUCUUCACCACGUGCAACAAGAGUGACAAUGUGGUGUGUCACUUCUACCGCGGCAGCGCUGAACGUUGCAAAAUCGUGGACAUGCAUCUGAAGAUUCUCUCAGCAAAGCACGUGGAGACGAGGUUCGUGAAGCUGGACGCUGAGCGGGCGCCGUUCCUUACUGCCCGUCUAAAGAUCCGUGUGAUACCAACAAUCGCUCUGGUGACCGGCAACAAAACCAAGGACUUCAUCGUCGGAUUCACAGACCUCGGGAACAGGGAUGACUUCUCAACGGACAUGCUGGAGUGGAGGCUGGCCAAGUCACAGGUAAUAGAGUACAACGGCGACCUGACGGUACCACCAGAGGAACAACGCAAACAGCGCUCCCUGCACAUACAAAGCAAGAAGACGAUACGAUCCAAACACGAUGAGGAUUCCGACAUCGACUUCAGCGACUGAUACGAGACAGGGCGAUAGCUAUAGAAAUACUAA